AUGCGGAAACCUCUUUCACCAAGGUUUCGUUUCUGGUUAACCUUGACGUAUCUCGCUCAAGGAGAGAGCAUGAGAACUAAACAUCUAGAGUUUAGAGUUGGCAAAUCUACUGUUUGCAAAGUAGUGCCAGAAGUUUGUCGUACUAUAUGGCAUGUCUUGCAACCCAUUGUGCUUCCUACAUUAAAUGCUAAUGGCUGGACAAAAAUAAGUAAUGAAUACAUGCUAAGGUGGCAAUUUCCAAACUGUAUUGGUGCUCUGGAUGGCAGACACAUGGAAAUCAAAAAGCCUCCAUGCUCUGGAUCACAGUACUACAAUUACAAAAGCUUCUUCAGUAUAGUGCUACUGGCACUUUGUGAUGCAAAUCACAAAUUCACAUGGGUAGAUAUUGGACAGUUUGGUUCGAUCAGUGAUGGUGGUGUGUGGAGAAAUUCGGAAUUAGCUGCAGAUCUCGCCUCUGGUGAUGCUGAUCUUCCACUACCAAUACCUCUUCCAGGUCGAGAUGUUCCUUUCCCACACGUGAUUGUGGCCGAUGAGGCUUUCCCUCUUAACACAUAUCUCAUGCGUCCCUAUGCGAGACGCAAUGGAUUAACAGACCGAUACAUCUUAUCUGGUAUUAUUGCACAUGAAGGAAAUAAUGAUGUAACAUCUAUAGGUCAUUACAUCGCUUACAUUGAAACAGGCAGAAAAUGGGUUUACUAUAAUGAUAAUUCGCGUAAAGGUAAAUCAAGAGUUGUUGACGAACAAACUGCGGUCAAAGGUCACAUAUGCAUGUACACCCUCACGAAAUAA